GCGGCGAGGGCUCCGCCGCAGCGACCGCGGGCAGCGGGCAAGCGAGCGCAGGACCCGCGGUUCAGCCCGCGGCCGCCGCCAGACCCGAACCGAGCCACCGCCCCCAGCCCUGCCCGGGCCGCCGGGCCACGGAACCACCGGGGCCUGGCCGCCGGCCAGGCGUGCGCCAAGUCCAGCUGCCACCGGCUUGGCCAGGCCAGCAUGGUGGACCACUUGCUUCCAGUGGACGAGACUUUCUCGUCUCCGAAAUGCCCAGUGGGUUAUCUGGGUGAGAGGCUGGCCAGCCGGCGGGUGUACCACAUGCUACCCUCACCCGUCUCAGAGGACGACAGCGAUGCCUCCAGCCCCUGCUCCUGCGCCAGCCCUGACUCACAAGCUCACUGCUCCUGCUACAGUGGAGGCCAGGGUGCCGAGGGCCAGGACAGCAUCUUGGAUUUCCUGCUGUCCCAGGCCACACUGGGCAGCAGUGGUAGCAGUGGGAGCAUUGGAGAUGGCAGUGGCCCAGUGACCUGGGGGGCCUGGCGGAGGGCACCCAUGCCUGUGAAGGGGGAGCAUUUCUGCUUCCCUGAGUUCCCCCUGGGUGACUCCGAUGAUGUCCCCAGGCCCUUCCAGCCUACCCUGGAGGAGAUUGAAGAGUUCCUGGAGGAGAACAUGGAGCCAGAGGUCAGGGAGGCUCCAGAGAGCAGCAGCAAGGACCUGGAGGCCUGCAGCCAGCUCUCAGCUGGACCCCACAGGAGCCACCUGCACCCUGGGUCUGGCGGGAGAGAGCGCUGUACUCCUCCACCAGGGGACACCAAUGCAGGUGGCACCCAGGGCCCAGGUGAGGGGCCGGCACCCGAUGGCCCUAUCCCUGUGCUGCUGCAGAUCCAGCCCAUGGCUGUGAAGCACGAGGCAGGCACAGGGCCUGCCUCCCCUGGACAGGCCCCUGAGAACGUCAAGGUCGCCCAGCUCCUGGUCAACAUUCAGGGGCAGACCUUUGCGCUUGUGCCCCAGGUGGUGCCCUCCUCCAACUUGAACCUGCCCUCCAAAUUUGUGCGCAUUGCCCCUGUGCCCAUCGCCGCCAAGCCCAUUGGGUCGGGAUCUCUGGGGCCCGGCCCUGCUGGUCUCCUGGUAGGCCAGAAGUUCACCAAGAACCCAGCAGCAGAACUCAUCAAAAUGCACAAAUGCUCCUUCCCUGGCUGCAGCAAGAUGUACACCAAGAGCAGCCACCUGAAGGCCCACCUGCGCCGGCACACAGGCGAGAAGCCUUUCGCCUGCACCUGGCCGGGCUGCGGCUGGAGGUUCUCGCGCUCGGACGAGCUGUCCCGGCACCGGCGCUCGCACUCGGGCGUGAAGCCGUACCAGUGCCCCGUGUGCGAGAAGAAGUUCGCGCGGAGCGACCACCUGUCCAAGCACAUCAAGGUGCACCGCUUCCCGCGGAGCAGCCGCGCCGUGCGCGCCCUGAACUGACGGGCGCCCGCCCCGCCGUCCACACCCGCCUUUCUUUUCUUCUCUUUUUUUUAAAGCAAUAAUUUAUUUGCCUCCUUCAGAGGGAUGUGACAAUGCUACCAGCUCACGUUCUGACGCCUUGGAGGUGUGACCCAGAGCCUGCCACCCGCUGCCUUUCCUGGGAGGAUCUAGGGCCGCCCCCCACCCCACCCCCCGCGUGUCCUUGGGGGCUGGGCCCCCAGUGUGACUGGCGGCCUUGGCCUUGGCCUUUCCUGUCUCUGUGCCUUCCCCGUGGCCAGGCCUCCACCGCAGCCACCAGCUGGAAGUUGGGUCUGGGGACCUGGCCCUUCUCCUACUAGGCUCCCCACAUGGGCCAAAGCCAACACUUUAUUGCUGGGGAAGAAGAAAUGUGCAGUUUUGAAAUGGUCAGUUCCCACAGGGAGCCAUGCUGGGAGGAAGGAAGUAGGCCAAAAGUCCAGGGCUGCACUGUGGUGUGAGGGAAGCUGUGUCCAAGAUACAGCACUAAGCAUGAUUCACUGAGGGUAUGGCAGGUCAUUGGAGGAUGGGGGUCAGGACCUGGCCAAUGGGCUGAUGCGGGGGAGAGGUGACCAGUGCCCUCCUGGUGGGUCCUGCAGUGCAUGUGCUUGAGUUAAAUGUGCAAGACAGAUAGACGCACAGAGCCGUGGGCAUGUGUACCCAGCAUGGUUCAUCCCCUCCUCCCAGUCCUAGACAAAUCCAGACACCAGCCUCCAGGGUCCUCCUGGGGAGGAGAGGGAGCACUGGCUAGAGCCUCCCGGCCCUGGUUUAGAAAUGCAUUCCUCACCUUGUCUAGAAAUUAAUAUCAAACCAACUAGCUUGUUUUGACAGGUAUAUUUCACAUCCUAUGAAUGUAUGUAAAUAAACUGUACAUAGGUACACAUCUACAUAAAAUAUCUUUUAAUAACGUCAACAUUUAUGUAAAUUUGAAAUUUAAAAAAAUCUAUAAAGCUGGUGUACAUAUGUUACAAUUAUGUAUAUUUUCUUUGGUCCUUCAUAAAAAUAUAUUUACUUUGCCAAUAAAAAGAUAAAAGAA